CACGUGGGGCCAGGCGGCGAAUCGAAUUGCACCCCCAAAGACCAGGAGCUCAGGCUUGCCCACAGGGUCGGGAGGUUAGGCCAAGCCUCAGGCUCACCUGCAAACGCCACCACUCCAGACGCCCCAGCCCCUGUGGCAGAGAGGGCUGUUCUGGGCGCAGCAGGUGGGCGAUCCCUCUGAGCCUGGGUCAGGGUCUGAGCACACUCGUGUGGCCCCCUGUGAGCACAAGUGUACCCAAAGCUUUGGGGACUCGGCGCUGAGCCCAGGACCCCAGGCCUACACAGCCAGGAUCGGGGCCCUCCAGCCGGGCAGCUUCUGCUCCACCCACACUGCACAGACGGGGGAAGCAGAGGCUGCGAAGCAGGACCAGGGGGCCCGUCAGCUGACUCCUGGGGACAGCGCUGUCCCCGAGGCCAGCCUGUUUCCAGGACAACACUCGGGGCCAAGGGUCUCAGCAUAAACCUCAGUGCCCAAUUCCCCUGUGCCCCGCCUGCCCCGAAGUGACCCUUCUCCAGCAGGAAACAGGCUCACGGGUUCCAAACCGCAUGUGAGCGCAGCUCUCCCUCCCUACCCCUCCUGUUCCUGCCCACUCCGGCCUGCUCCCCGCGGCACACACAGAAGGACAGAGCCACCCAGGGCCGCUGAGCAGGGGGCAGGGCUGACCUCGGAGGCGCGCGGGGCCUCUGGUAUAGUGUGGCCAGGCCUGGGCCAGGGGAGUGGAGCCGGAGGGGCAAGUGCCCCAGGGCGCCUCUGCACGUGAGUGUGGGGCCCGCACGCAGCCAGGCCGCCCCCACGGCCUCUCCUGGGAAAUCGGGACGCUGGAGAGAGGCUGCCACCGCCCCCCCAGUCCACACGCAGCUCUCAGAAUUCCAGGAAUGUCCACUUGGCUCCCUGUCCUCCCUCCCUGGGAGUAAACAACCGCUGGGCGAGAGGCGGCCCCUCCUCCAGGAAGCCUUCUGCCCACACCCGCUCCCACUCCCAGCUCUCGCCAGCUGGCAUCCCAGGUCCCCCGUCUCCCUCACCUCCGCAGACGCGGCCGCCUCUGCAGCUGAGCCUGGGUCUGACCCCAGGCCCCUGUGACUCAAGGCAGGAUGUGCGUCCAGCCCGCCUGGGAAGGGGUGGGCAGGGAAGUGGCCUCUGCACGUGGCUCUGCACGUGGCAGGGUGGGCGAAGGUGGGGACACAAAGUCCAGGCGGGCAGCAGCUCUGGCCAGCCUCUCCAGCACCCUGGGGACCUCAGUGAAAGCCGGACCGUUAGCUGAUGCCUGGGGCCAGCUUGGCCCCACCCACCCCAACAAGCGCUGGUGCUGAGAGCCCGCAGGGCUCCCUAAGUCACAAGCGCCACUGUGCACACAUCCGCCCUCCUCCUUGGCCCAAAGCUCACCUCCUCCAGGGAGGCUUCCCUACUUCUCACUGUACACGGCCCUUCCCCCCAGGCCCCAGCCUCAGAAUUAUGAGACUAACCCCACCUCAUUCCCAGAGAUACAGCCUCCCUCCCUUUCAGUCUGUCGGGGCUCCUGAGCCGUCACUUCCAGCUCCCACAUGGCAUCUACUCUGGCCCAAGAGCAAAAGCGUUCCCAUGGGUUCCGCCUCCAGACCUCUGCCUAAGGAUUCCCAGUGCUGGACGGUCCUGCUCCCUCACACACACUCGGGAUGGCUCUUCAAGGUUCAGCUCAAAAGACACUGCACCCACGACGACCCCCUGACCACCCUCCCCGCCCGCACAGGUCCGACGUUCCCAGAUCACAGGCAACCGACCCAACACAGCCUGGCCUGCGACGCGUGCAGCUAGCCCCUUCCCGCACCCUCUCUCAGCCCUUUGCCCAGGAAGAAGGGAGGAGGGACAGGGGCGAGACGGAUCGAAGCAGCGCCAGGGGUUGGAGCCGCCAGUCUGGUCGCUUCCACCGCACCCUCCCGCCGUCAAGGAUACGGGCAACUACCGGGCCGGGAUCAUUAGUGGGCGAUCGGGCCGGGCGGCGACCCCGGGGGGCCCACAGACUCAGCGCAGAGACCCCUGGGGGUCCGCGGGCAGGGGCGACUUCCUUUCCUGUCGCCCAGCACGCACUGGCCGCAGGUCAGCCGCUCUCCGCGCCUGCGGGGGUCGCCGCGCCCCCCCGCCCGAAGCGCAACUUGUUGCUGCGAAUCCGCUCGGGCUCCACACUCGGGGCCCGAAACUCGCGCCAGCUCGUGGGCCCGGGUUCGGAGCUGGUCCCGGCUCUGACGCGCGGGCAGCGGGACCCCAGCUGCGUCCCCGCCGAGGGCGCUGUACCUGUGCGCGCCUUCAGCCCGCCGCGCAGCUGUCAGUCAUCCGCACACGAGAAAAGCGAACGCCGCCGCCGGGCCCUUCCGGCCCUGCCCGGGCGCCGUAGAUCGGGACGUACCAAAGCGGCAGACGGGGGUCUCCAUCUGCUACUGCCGCGGCAGUGUGGACCCCGGGAACCCCGAUCCGCGCGGAGGAAACUCGCCGCCGCGGGUAGCGGAUACUGACGGCACCGGGACGGGCAAGGCCGGUCGGCGAAGGGCGAGCCGGGCGGGGGAGUUUGGGAGGGGACGGUCACCCCCCCAUGCUAUGGGCGCGCCCGGGGCGGGGCCAGCGCCGCAGGCGGAAGCGCCGUGGGAUUUAGGCGCUUGGCCGCUGGCUGCCUCGCUGCCGCCAUGAUCAUCCCUGUUCGCUGUUUCACGUGCGGCAAGAUCGUCGGCAACAAGUGGGAGGCCUACCUGGGGCUGCUGCAGGCCGAGUACACCGAGGGGGAUGCCCUGGACGCGCUGGGCCUGAAGCGCUACUGCUGCCGCCGCAUGCUGCUGGCCCACGUGGACCUGAUCGAGAAGCUGCUCAACUACGCGCCCCUGGAGAAGUGACAUGCAGCCGACACGCAGCGGUUGGCCCAGAGACCCUCCGGAGGUGUGGGGAGCUGGAGGCCUGCCUGCCCACAGCCCUGUGCACACGUCUCCCUCUCUGGACAGAACCAUCCAAUAAAAGCUUUUGAAGACCCAAGGA